GUUUCAAAUCGUACGGAAGACAGUGGUGCUAAUUAACACGGAAAUAAGUUCACGCGAAUCAUGUGAACACCGAAACGACUAGUUAUCUCCGCGGAACGAUAAAAAGACGCCAAAAUGUCGCGAAUCGCCGACUCGAGGGAAGUGAUAAUAACCAGCGACAGCACGGGCGAGCACUGGAGUGCCGCCGUGUGGGAUCCACGAACCGGUUCGUCAUUAUCGACCUACAAAAACGCCGGUGCCCUGGCAAACCGUACACUCCAGCUUCUGAGCGACACGUAUAUAAUCGGCGCGGAUGCAACGAAGCCUCGAAUACACGUGUGGUCUCUGAACAGUCCGAGCCCCGCGCCUAACCUAAGAUUAACGACACCCGGAAAGGUAACGGCCCUAGCGUCCACGCCGAGCGGCUCUUACAUCGUCGCGGCGAUUUCGGAGAAGCUGUUCGUCUGGCAGUCGUGCAACGGUCGACUGCUGGGAAACCUGUCGCAGCAUUAUCAAACGGUGAACUGUCUGUCGUUCAGCAAAGACGGCUCGAUAUUCGCCAGCGGCGCCGAGGACGGUUUGAUAUUCGUCUGGUCCCUGUUCCGUGUAUUGAACGACGAGAGAAUCACGCCUCUGCACGGUUUCUCCCACCAUUCUCUGCCGGUGAAAGAUCUACAGUUCGGGCACGCCGGCGCGCUUGGGAGGUUAUGUUCCGUGUCGCUCGAUCGUACGUGCAACGUUUACGAGCCGAGGAGCGGGUUGCUGUUGCUCACCCUCGUGUUCGACGUGCCCCUCACCGCCGUUACCAUGAACGCGCGCGAAUCCGACCUGUUCGUCGGCUGUACCGACGGCAGCAUAUAUCGAUUCAAUCUCCACGAGCCGCCGCGCGGCACGGAGCAUCACGUGCAAGUUAAAAAGAACAGCUCGGACGGCAUGGUCUACCAGGGUCAUAAAUCGACCGUCGUGACGUUAUCGAUAUCGAUCGAUUGCCGUUAUCUGCUCUCGGGCUCGACCACCGGCGAGGUCCACGUUUGGGACAUCGCCAGCCGACAGGUUCUUCGAACGAUCGAUCACAAGGGACCAAUCACGGCGGCGUUCUUCGCGAAAUACUACGAGAACUUCCGGGUCACAGAGCUUGAGCCGCGCUUGCGACUAUCGAACCUGCAACGGGUAUCGGACGAUACCGACGGGAACCAAAGCCCCGUCGAGGCGAUUCCGCGGGAACGAAGUCCCGCGGACGUUUUGAACUUCGACGCGUACGCCGGGAACUUGGGGGCGGAGGGAUCGGAGGGACCGUGUUCGCGCAAGCUGCUCGAGAUGAGGGAGGAGAUCGAGAGACUGAAGAAAAUCAACGCCGCCAUUUACCAAUACAGCGUGAAACGUAUUCUGGGCACGACGAACGAACGGUGAAACGGAAACCGGGACUGUUGAUUAUACUGCGUAUCGAUAGAUUUAUCGUUAGGUUGUUUCGACGCGUUUUUUUCUAUGAAAACUUACUUCAAUAAAGAGUACCUGUCACUUACGAUGUAGAUUUCUUAAACCGCAUCUGAUGUCUCGAAAGGGACAAAAAUGUAUUAAAUU